AUGUUACUCAAAGUACUUCAAUACCGUGUUUAUUUUAUUAAUCCUUUUGUUCAUUUUUACUACAGGAAACAGAGUAAAUCAAACACACAGUCGGACACAUCUCAACGAUUACCUGUAUCAUGUGCAAACAGCUCUGCAUUCAGCCAAAGAGGCGAAUCAUCGAACAACACUCUCAAAUCAUCUAUACAUAAUCGCUCAGAGUGGGUCGAUAAGUAUUCAAAAUUGAGUCGUUCUCAUCCAACAAGACGAAAUCGAGGCCAUUUAUCAAAAAGUCUAAGUAUUUGUAUGGAUAGCACAGAAAUAACAGAUUCCGUUGCCAAUCUACCGAAAGAGGUAAUUCCACUCAAUUUCCAUGCUGAUCUAGUGAAUAAGACUGAAGUUGUUCCGAACUGGUUGUUGCUACCAGAUGAAUUAUGGCUUGAAGUCCUACGACUCGUGAGUCCGGUAGAUCGAGUUCGUGUUGCUCAAACCUGUCGACAUCUAUCCAGACUAUCAAUGGACCAUUCACUAUGGCGAGUUAUUCAUUUACACCGGCAACGCAAUUUAACUGAUGCAGAUUUGGUAAGAAUUGGAAACCUUAAACCCAGAGAACUACGUUUCACCUAUUGUCGAGGUGACAGUUUGACGGCUUCAGGAUUGAAACGUAUGUUUCUUGUUUGUGGUCCAGGAUUGCAAAAGUUAUCUUUAAUUGGUUGCACUAAAGGACCAUUUGAUCAUGAUCUACCGCUUCGGCUAGUUGCAGAUCACUGUCAUAAUCUAAAACAUGUCAAUGCUAGUUAUACACAAGCAGUACGUGAUCAAACUGUUAUUGCUCUAGCCAAAUCUGCUACACAUUUAAUCAGUGUAAAGCUAAAUGGUGCACAACAAAUAAGUAAUGCUGCUAUCCAACAGUUGGUUCAUUAUCAUCAACGUACUCUUGAACGUUUGGAGUUGUUUGGUUGUUUUCGCUUGAAUUCAAGUAUUUUUGCUCUAUUGGGUCGUUGUCAAGAAUUGAGAGCAUUGGCCUUUGGACAUCUUCAUCAUCUGUCCUCAGAUGGUCUACUGGAACUUGUAAGCAAAGUAAGUUGA